AUGACGUUUUCCGAUGUGACCGUGACCCGGUAUCAUAGAAAAAAAGGAGGUGGCGUAAUGAUAUUAGUUCGUAACGAGUUAUGUGCCGCCCUCUGCGAUUUUACAGAGCAUAAACCACCGUCAGAGAUGAUUGUUGAAGAGAUUAAUACAGGUCAAUUAACUGGGACUCGCUAUUUAAAGGCCUUUAAACUGUUCAAAAGAAACAAGAACAGGAAGACUCCUCGCAACCGGAUAUCACCAGCUCUCAUGCGCUCUCCAUCCUACAGCGGGACAGUUGACGCUCGCUCUGAAAUUGAUCUGCAACGCUUCUGCGCUUGCAGAAUCUCCUUACCACCUCUCAGACUCGCCAGCGACUCCUACGAGACCACUUCUUACAACAACAGCUUCAAUAGCUACGGCUCCAGGAACGAGAGUAUAGAUAACUAUAAUGACUCUAAUUUCGACGGCACAAGGUCGGAUUCUGCCUACGAUUCAGCUAGGAGCAGCCCUGCUGCUCAUGUUAGAGCACCAGUCUGCUAUGCUACAGUUACAUAUUUCAAUGUUAACGAUAGCGAAGAUAGCAGUAGCAUCCGCACAGAAUUCACUCUCUUAGACUAUGAAGGAGAAACAGAAAGAGAUGGAGACAGUGAUGACGAGAGGACGCAGAACAUAAUAAAUGAGAAUAUUGAAUUAGUCAGCUCAUUAUGAAUAGAAUAUUAAAGACUUGCGUAUUUGGAAUGUAGAAAUAGUUGUGAGUGCUGUUAAAGGUUUUUUAAUGCGUGAUGAGGAUGUAGAUAGCAUUACUGAAGGAUAUGAUAAGAAAGUCAAGUCAGUUAUUCCACCGUGGCAAAUUGAUUAAGAUCCAGGACAGAGUGGGGUUGAUGAUGGUUAUAUUGUAACCACUAUAGUACGCCCCGUUUGAGAAUAGUUCGCCACUCUAUCCAUAACAGAAUUAAAACAAAUUUGAAAAAGUGAGCAAGAUUUUUUAAAAUUUAUUUAAAUUUUUUGGAAGAUUAAUUUGGAA